AGGCCGCAGGAGCGGGGGAGCGCGGCGGGCUGGGGCCGAGGGGGCCGAGGCGGCCGGCCGGGCGGCGGCGACGACGACGGGCUCCGCGAUGCCGCUGCUCUUCCUGGAGCGCUUCCCCUGGCCCAGCCUCCGCACCUACACGGCGCUCAGCGCCCUGGCCCUGCUGGGCACCGGCCUCAGCGCCUACCGCGCCCUCAGCCAGGCCCCCGGCGGCCCCCCGCAGCCGGACGGCGGGGCGGCGGCGGGCACCGAGCCGGCCGAACCCCCGCGCCGCGGCGGGCCGCGGGCCCUGGACGUCGCCUACUACCUGCUCUCCGACAGCCUCUGCGUCUGGGUGCUAGUGAACACUGCCUGCUGUUUUCUGAUGUUGGUUGCUAAGCUAAUCCAGUGUAUGGUGUUUGGUCCUCUUCGUGUCAGUGAGAGGCAGCAUCUCAAGGAUAAAUUCUGGAAUUUCAUUUUCUACAAGUUCAUCUUCAUUUUUGGUGUGCUGAAUGUUCAGACAGUGGAAGAAGUGGUGAUGUGGUGCCUCUGGUUCUCUGGACUUGUGUUUCUUCAUCUUAUGGUUCAGCUCUGCAAGGAUCGCUUUGAAUAUCUUUCCUUUUCUCCUACCACACCCAUGAGCAGCCACAUCAGAGUCCUGACCCUGCUCAUAGCCAUGCUCCUGUCCUGCUGUGGAUUAGCAGUUGUCUGUGGUAUUAUUGGCUACACUCAUGGCAUGCACACGUUGGCUUUCAUGGCAGCAGAGUCUCUGCUUGUGACAGUCAGAACUGCUCAUGUGAUUUUACGAUAUAUAAUUCACCUCUGGGAUCUCAACCAUGAAGGAACGUGGGAGGGCAAAGGCACUUAUGUCUACUACACAGAUUUUGUCAUGGAGCUAACCUUGCUUUCACUGGACUUGAUGCAUCAUAUUCAUAUGCUGCUGUUUGGCAAUAUCUGGUUGUCAAUGGCGAGCCUGGUGAUUUUUAUGCAGCUGCGCUACCUGUUCCAUGAGGUUCAACGAAGAAUUCGGCGGCACAAGAACUACCUGCGUGUGGUUGGAAACAUGGAAGCUAGGUUUGCAGUUGCAACACCAGAGGAGCUAGCAGUCAAUAAUGAUGACUGUGCCAUUUGCUGGGACUCCAUGCAAUCCGCACGUAAACUCCCUUGCGGCCAUCUCUUCCACAACUCAUGCCUGCGGUCCUGGCUGGAACAAGAUACAUCUUGCCCCACCUGCAGAAUGUCUCUUAAUAUCACUGACAGCCAUCAUGUGAGGGAUGAUCACCAAAGGGAAAAUCUGGAUGAGAACCUAGUCCCUGUGGCAGUAGCAGAAGGCAGACCACGCUUGAACCAGCACAAUCACUUCUUCCACUUUGACGGCUCUCGAAUUGCCAGCUGGCUGCCCAGUUUUUCAGUAGAAGUGAUGCAUACUACAAACAUCCUUGGUAUUGCACAAGCCAGCAACUCCCAACUUAAUGCUAUGGCCCAUCAGAUUCAGGAGAUGUUCCCUCAGGUUCCGUAUCAUUUAGUUCUACAGGAUCUGCAGCUAACUCGUUCUGUAGAGAUCACCACUGACAACAUCCUAGAAGGGCGCAUCCAGGUACCUUUCCCCACACAGCGUGCAGAUAGCAUUAGACCUGCGUUGAACAGUUCUGUGGAACGGCACAGUACUGAUCAGGAGGAUACUGAAACUGUCACCCAGACUGAGAGAGUGCCACUUGAACUCAACUCAAGACUGGAAGAAAUGGUGGAAUUCAGCGAAAUGGAAGCAGAGCCUAGUGAAGCAGAAGAUUUUGAGGCCAGGGGAAGUCGCUUUUCAAAGUCAGCUGAUGAAAGGCAGCGUAUGUUGGUUCAGCGGAAGGAGGACUUGUUGCAGCAAGCUCGAAAGCGUUAUUUAAACAAAACCUCCGAUGAGGAGUUGACUACAGAGAAGCCCUCUCCUCUGCCUGAGGGAGCGUCUGCUGAUCCCGUCACCCUGCGUCGCAGGACACUCGCUGCUGCUGCUGAACGGAGACUUCAGAUGCAGCAGAACUCUUAGCGCUCAUUGCCCCUCCUUCCUCCUCCUUGUGAGCAAUGUUGAAUAAAUAAAUUAAAUACAACCCCCCCCCCGCGCUUUCUAUACCAGCAGGAAAGUGUCUCUUCAGAGUUCAGCUAGCUGUGCUGUCGAGUGAGCUGGCUGCCUCUCUGCUGUAUAAAGCAUGUGGUCUAAUAAUGUUUGGACAGCUGACAAAUUAACCUUUUUUGUAAUAUUUUCUAUGUGAUGUUGAUCCCCUCCACAAACAAAAGGCAAUUUCUAAACCACGGGCAUGAUUUCUGCAGCUAGCAUGAGGUAUUAGGCUGACUGCACAGCAGAGGCUGGGGAAAGAGUGUUCCAAAUUGGCAGCUGUGGGUGUAGGUCACAAAGGGCACUGGCAUGUUCAGCUCAAGAUCAGGGAGAGUUACUCCGAGAGGGAAGAAAGCUUAGAAAUUUGCAGCAAACCCUGCAUUAGAUGAGCAGGCGCCCACUCUUCAGUCCCUGUUCGUGUUGACAGUGAAGGGCAUUACAUAGACCAGCACGAAGGGCUAGGGUAGCAUUGCUGGAAAGUCAGUUCUCAGGCUGGAUGGACGUUGUCUAGCUACAUAACAGAGAAAACUGAAUUCAUGAAUUGUGCAGCAAAGCACCGAUUCACAUCAGUUCCAGCAUAAAAUAGUUUGUUUACCGUUGCUGGGCUCUUCUGCACUGGCAGAUGUCUGGCUCUGUUCACUCCCCAGGCGUGCACUGUUUUCCUUUGCCUUUUAUGGCCAGAAACGAGUGAGAGACUGAGGGGAAUCAAGUGAAGAAGAGGGGGUGUAAGGCAAGGUUACAGCCCCUGCGAUUCAGUGUUACCAUAAGCCAAGGGAGUACGAUAGAAAAACCUGCCUGUUCUGGACUCCAGAGCAACAUGGAUGAGACUUCAUGGAGAUAGCUCCGAUAUCGUGCUUGUUAUUUCAUUUUUAACCCCACAACUUCACUGCGAGUUUAUUCAGCAAGACUGGAGGAGUUGGGGCAGCUGGACCUUAGGCUGGCUGCAGCCCAACCUGCUAACUUCUGAUUUUUCUAAAGAACUUUUGACACGAGAUCUACUUGGAGCCGCUGAUGCUAGCUUGCAUAGUUGAAUUUUACAUGGCAGUGACUUAAUUUUUAAACUUCUGAAGAGUGAGUUCUAGUAUCACUGUCCUUUAGAAGGAGCCCAGUAUUAUCUAGAAUUGUUGGUAACUUUUUUUACUGUUGGUUUUUAGGACAUUUGGAGGUGAAUUUAAUGAGAGGAGUUGCAUCGAUGUUUAGGUGAAAAUAAUUUAUUUCAGUAAAACUCUUUGGGAAGCCUUACCUUGCAAUGCUAUUAGUAAACUUCAAAGAAUUUUUUUAAGAUCUUUGGUUUUGCUCAGAGCACAGCUGUUUUGUUUUUAUUGUUAAAAAAUAAAAUAAAAUCUUGGUCAGUGUUGGAAA